AACUGGAAUGUUUCCUGCCCCCAAAAUUACAGUUUCCUGUAAGCUGUGUGAUUUUGUCUUUAAUUUAUUUCAUCUGUCUCACACCAGUUUAAUGUUCAUAUGAGGUGAAGGAGGAGUCGUGUUUCUUGGUGCUGACGUACUUUAAUAAAUAUGGUAAGAAUGAAAAAUGUGUCCUGUGAUUUGUCGCUGAAGCUCUUUGUUGAUUUCCUCUCUUCUCUCUAAUAAGGUAAAAGAGUCUUUGAUUGGUUUGGUGGUUGUGUAGCAUCUCUACAUCUCUACAGGCAGCUGUGAGGAGCUUUCAGUCUUGAGUUGAAGAGCUGAAGAAGAUGAAGAGCUGUCUAACAUUCAUUCUUCUGUCCUCUAUAGUCACAGUCACCACAGCUGGUAAUGUGAGACUGGUUGGUGGCAUUAAUUCUUGUGCUGGUAGGUUGGAGGUUUAUUAUAAUGGAGAAUGGGGAACAGUGUGUGAUGAUUAUUGGGAUAAAAGAACUGCAUCAGUGUUGUGUAGAGAGCUGGGCUGUGACAGUAAUCCAGAUACAAUACAUCUUGCUUACUUUGGACCGGGAUCAGGAAAAAUCUUGAUGGAUAAUUUGAUCUGUGUUGGAUCAGAGUCCACAAUACUGAGCUGUAGAAGAUCGCUUAAACCUAAUUGUAAACACAAUGAAGAUGUCGGAGUGAUCUGCUCAGGAGUAAGACUGGUUGGAGGUUCUCGCUGUUCUGGUAGAUUAGAGAUACCUCGAGAAAACACCUGGAUGUCAGCGUGUAAAGCUGCCUUUGACCAAAAAGAUGCAGAGGUUGUGUGUAGAGAGAUGGGAUGUGGAUCUCCUGUACAGCUGCUGGGUGCAGAUACUUUUGGUAAAGGAGAGGGGCAGGUGUGGACACAAGAGAUUCAAUGUAAAGGGGAUGAAUAUCAGUUUGCUCUUUGUCCAACAUCACCUUCACACAUCAAUUGUUCCCAUGAAAAUGAUGUUGGCAUUGUAUGUGCUGACACACUGAGAAUAGUAGGUGUUGGAAGUCAUUGUGCUGGUAGAGUUGAGGUUCAUCAUGAUGGUCGAUGGGGAACAGUUCGAGAUGCUGGUUGGGAUCUGAGAGAUGCUGCAGUGGUGUGCAGACAGUUGGGCUGUGGAGAGGCUGUAAAAGCACCAAAGCGUGCCCACUUUGGAGAAGGGAAAGGGCCAAUCUGGCUUAGUUAUGUACACUGCACCGGACAAGAGUCUGCACUGACAGACUGUAGAGCAAAUGGAUGGGGGAAACACGGUGAUAAACAUGCUUAUGAUGCUGGAGUCAUCUGCUCUGCCAUUAGGCUGGUUGGAGGUACUCGCUGUUCUGGGAGAGUUGAGAUGCUUCGAGGAAACAACACAUGGGUUUCAGUGUGUGAUGCUGCCUUUGACCAAAAAGAUGCAGAGGUUGUGUGUAGAGAGAUGAAUUGUGGGGUUCCUGUACAGCUGCUGGGUGCAGAUACUUUUGGUAAAGGAGAUGGGCAGGUGUGGACACAAGAGAUUCAAUGUACUGGUGAAGAGUCUCAUAUAUCUCUCUGUCCAUCAACACCUUCUUUCAAAGACAACUGCACACAUGAGAAUGAUGUAGGACUGAUAUCACUCAAACUUGUAGAUGGUCCUGAUAUCUGCUCUGGUCGAGUUGAGCGUCAGUAUUUCAGUAAAUGGGGCUCAGUGUGUGAUGAGUGCAUGAAUAUGAGAGCUGCCAAUGUUCUCUGUAGAGAGCUGAAUUGUGGGAUUGCUGUGUCUGUUGUGGGAGUGGACUGGUUUGGAGAGGGAUCUGGUGAAAUCUGGGCUGAUGUGUUUGAUUGUCAGGGGAAUGAAACAAAACUCUCAGAAUGUUCAAUCUCUUCAUGGAGUCGAGCUGAAUCCUCUCAUAAACAAGAUGUUGGAGUCAUUUGUUCUAAUUCCUCUCUGUCUCUUCAUGAUGGUCGAGUGAGGUUGUCUGGAGAGAGAGAGUGUGAGGGUGAGGUGGAAGUUUACAUUCAUCAGGUUUGGAGGAGAGUUCUGCUGGACUCCUGGAGUCUCACUGAAUCCUCUGUGGUCUGCAGACAGCUGGGCUGUGGCUCUGUGCUGAACUUCACUAACUCCUCUUCAUCCAGUGAUGAACACAGUUAUGAGUGUGUGAUGGGCUUCCAGUGCUCUGGGACUGAAGAUCAUCUGAGGAACUGCAGCUCUCCACAAACUCUCAACUGCAGCGCAACACAACAGCUGACAAUCACCUGCAACAGUCAGCGGUCCAUCAGGUUGGUGGGUUCAGGUGGAGAUUGUGCAGGAAGGCUGGAGGUUUUUCACAAAGGCUCAUGGGGUACAGUGUGUGAUGACUUCUGGGAUAUUAAAGAUGCUCAUGUGGUGUGCAGACAGCUGCAGUGUGGAGUGGCUCUCAGUAAUCAGCCAGUACCAGCCUGGUUUGGUUCUGGUUCUGGACCCAUAUGGCUGGAUGAUGUGAACUGUGAGGGGAAUGAGACGUCACUGUGGAGCUGCUCUUCACGGGUCUGGGGAGAUCAUGACUGUAAACACAAGGAGGAUGUAGGAGUCAUGUGCUCAGAGUUUAAAGAGCUCAGGUUAACUGAAGGCUGUGAAGGGAAUGUGGAGGUUUUCUACAAUGGAUCUUGGGGUAAUGUUUGCAACAAUCAGAUGGAAAGUGAUACAGCGAGUCUGAUCUGUCAAGAGCUUAACUGUGGAAGAUCUGGCCAGCUGUCUUAUUCAACAUCAAGAGUGCCAUCAGCUCAUAACUGGAUGGAUAAUGUUGAAUGUCGACCACAUAACUUAAAUCUCUGGCAGUGCCCAACUUCACCCUGGGGACAGAAUUUCUGUAGUCAAAAUGAGGUGGCUCAUAUCACUUGCUCUGGUAAGACAAAACAAAAAGUUUUUGAAAAUAUCUAUAACUACUUUGCAUCUCCACAUCAGAGACAAUGUUCAAAUCAUCUUCCUCUCAGACUGAGUGGAGGGAAGGGUUUGUGUUCGGGGAGACUGGAGGUUUAUCAUAACUCUGUGUGGGGUUCAGUCUGUGAUGAUCUGUGGGACAUCAGAGAUGCUCAGGUGGUCUGCAGGCAGCUGGGUUGUGGAGCAGCAUUGAGUGUUGAUGGGAAUGAAGCGUUUGGUGCUGGUGAAGGUGUUGUGUGGAUGAACAGAGUCGAGUGCAGAGGGACUGAGAUUCACCUGUGGGACUGUCCUCAUGUCCUGAAAAAUCACACUGACUGCUCACACAAAGAACAAGUUAGACUCAUCUGUGCAAACUCGUCAGUGUCUACAACUCCUGCAACAACAACAACAUCAGCUUCUCCUUCAGUUUCUCAGACAAACAGGAGAUCAGUGACUCCUCCACAAACUCCUCCUCUCUUCAAUCCUCCAGUGGUUGUGAUUGUACUGGGAGUUUUGCUCUUACUGCUCUUAGUGCCGCUGCUGAUACUGAUUCAACACAACAGAGAGAUGAGGAGAGCUCUCUCUAAGAGGAGACACAGGACUCAGACUGAAGCAGUUUAUGAAGAGAUUGAUCACAGACACACAAACACACACAAACACUUCACUCAGAGAGGGAGUCUCAUCUCUGAAGAACAUUCUGGAUAUGAAGAUGCUGAUGAGCUUCUCUCAGCAAAAGACUACAAGAUUGAAUAUUAUGAUGAUGUCUCUAAUGGCAGUGACCUGAAAGAAGAGAUGGUGAAUAAAGUCCCAGCAGAAUACUAUGAUGAUGUCAUCACUGAUGGACUAAAAGCAGACAGUGAGACAGAAGACACACUUGAGAAGUAUGAUGAUGUCAUCACCAUAAGACAAAUCUCUGAUCUUCUAAAGGAGAGUUAUGAUGAUGUCAUCAUCAUUGGACAGAACUUUCAAGGUGUAAUAGAGAGAGUUCAGGAGGAGUAUGAUGAUGUGAAGAAUGACAGUGAAGAUGCGACAAACCUGUUAGUUAUUAAUAAUGACAGUGUAUUUUAUGUGUCUUUCAAUGUAUUUCAUAUGUAUUCAGAUUUGAAUGUGAGGUUGGUGAAUGGUAGCAGUCGUUGUUCUGGUAAUGUUGAGGUUCUUUAUGAUGGUCAAUGGGGAACAGUGUGUCAAGAUGACUGGGAUUUGACAGAUGCUGAAGUGGUGUGUAGAGAAGUGGGCUGUGGAGAGGCUGAUGAUGUGCUAUAUUGGUCUCACUUUGGAGGAGGAUCAGGACCAAUCUGGAUGGAUAAUGUGAACUGUAGUGGAACCGAGCCCACACUUAUGAACUGUAGUUCAAAUGAAUGGGGUGUCAGUGAUUGUGAUCAUGAUGAAGAUGCUGGAGUCAUCUGCUCAGAAACCAUAAACUAUGGAAGGUUUACAAGACUUGUUGAUGGACCUCAUCAGUGCUCUGGAAGAGUCGAGCUGCUUCGUGGGAACACCUGGAUGUCAGUGUGUGAUGCUGUGUUUGAUGAUCAGGAUGCAGAGGUUGUGUGUAGAGAGCUGAACUGUGGGGUUCCUGUACAGCUGCUGGGUGCAGAUACUUUUGGUAAAGGAGAGGGGCAGGUGUGGACACAAGAGAUUCAAUGUAGAGGAAAUGAAUCACUCAUUCGAUCAUGUUCAUCAUCAAAUAUAACUCAAGUAACCUGCUCUCAUGACAAUGAUGUGGGACUCACAUGUUCUGGUUUCUAUGACCUCAGACUGGUGAACGGCUCUGAUAUCUGUUCUGGUCGAGUUGAGCGUCAGUAUUUCAGUAAAUGGGGCUCAGUGUGUGAUGAGUGCAUGAAUAUGAGAGCUGCCAAUGUUCUCUGUAGAGAGCUGAAUUGUGGGAUUGCUGUGUCUGUUGUGGGAGUGGACUGGUUUGGAGAGGGAUCUGGUGAAAUCUGGGCUGAUGUGUUUGAUUGUCAGGGGAAUGAAACAAAACUCUCAGAAUGUUCAAUCUCUUCAUGGAGUCGAGCUGAAUCCUCUCAUAAACAAGAUGUUGGAGUCAUUUGUUCUAAUUCCUCUCUGUCUCUUCAUGAUGGUCGAGUGAGGUUGUCUGGAGAGAGAGAGUGUGAGGGUGAGGUGGAAGUUUACAUUCAUCAGGUUUGGAGGAGAGUUCUGCUGGACUCCUGGAGUCUCACUGAAUCCUCUGUGGUCUGCAGACAGCUGGGCUGUGGCUCUGUGCUGAACUUCACUAACUCCUCUUCAUCCAGUGAUGAACACAGUUAUGAGUGUGUGAUGGGCUUCCAGUGCUCUGGGACUGAAGAUCAUCUGAGGAACUGCAGCUCUCCACAAACUCUCAAAUGCAGCGCAACACAACAGCUGUCAAUCACCUGCCAAAGUGAGGAUAACUGAAAAUAUUCAUCAAUGUACUCAUCCAUCAGGUUGGUGGGUUCUGGUGGAGAUUGUGCAGGAAGGCUGGAGGUUUUUCACAAAGACUCAUGGGGUACAGUGUGUGAUGACUUCUGGGAUAUUAAAGAUGCUCAUGUGGUGUGCAGACAGCUGCAGUGUGGAGUGGCUCUCAGUAAUCAGCCAGUACCAGCCUGGUUUGGUCCUGGUUCUGGACCCAUAUGGCUGGAUGAUGUCAACUGUGAGGGGAAUGAGACGUCACUGUGGAGCUGCUCUUCACGGGUCUGGGGAGAUCAUGACUGUAACCAUAAAGAGGAUGUAGGAGUUGUGUGCUCAGAGUUUAAAGAGUUCAGGUUAACUGAAGGCUGUGAAGGGAAUGUGGAGGUUUUCUACAAUGGAUCCUGGGGUAAUGUUUGCUGGAAUCAGAUGGAAAGUGACACAGCGAGUCUGAUCUGUCAAGAGCUGAACUGUGGAAGAUCUGGCAGUCUGUCUGAUUCAACAUCAAGAGUGCCAUCAGCUUAUAACUGGUUAGAUAAUGUUAAAUGUCGACCACAUGACUCAAAUCUGUGGCAGUGCCCGACUUCACCCUGGGGAAAGAAUAACUGUGGUCAAAAUGAGGUGACUUAUAUCAUCUGCUCUGAUCAUCUUCCUCUCAGACUGAGUGGAGGGAAGGGUUUGUGUUCGGGGAGACUGGAGGUUUAUCAUAACUCUGUGUGGGGUUCAGUCUGUGAUGAUCUGUGGGACAUCAGAGAUGCUCAGGUGGUCUGCAGGCAGCUGGGUUGUGGAGCAGCAUUGAGUGUUGAUGGGAAUGAAGCGUUUGGUGCUGGUGAAGGUGUUGUGUGGAUGAACAGAGUCGAGUGCAGAGGGACUGAGAUUCACCUGUGGGACUGUCCUCAUGUCCUGAAAAAUCACACUGACUGCUCACACAAAGAACAAGUUAGACUCAUCUGUGCAGUAACAGAUUUGUCUGUGACCACAACUGCUGCCACAACAACAUCAGCUUCCCCUUCAGUUUUUCACACAAAGAGAAGAGCAGUGCGGUGGACAACAGUGACUCCUCCACAAACUCCUCCAGCAGCAUCUCUCUUCAUUCCUCCAGUGGUUGUGAUUGUAUUGGGAGUUUUGCUCUUACUGCUCUUAGUUUUGCUCUUGCUGCUGUUACUGUCGCUGCUCAUUCUGAUCAAGAACAACCACGUAAUGAAGAGAGGUACAGAGAUCCACACUUCAUAUACAGAUCUAUUUAAGAGAAGACACUGGGCUCAGACUGAAGCAGUUUAUGAAGAGAUUGAUCACAGACACACAAAUAGAGAAAGUCAAUUCACUCAGCGGGUGAGUCUCAUCUCUGAAGAACACCAUUCUGGAUAUGAAGUUGCUGAUGAGCUUCUUUCAGAAGAGAUGGUGAAAAAAGUCUCAGCCGAAUACUAUGAUGAUGUCAUCACUGAUGGACUAAAAGACACACUUGAGCAGUAUGAUGAUGUCAUCACCACAGGACAAAACUCUGAUCUUCAAAAAGAGGAAGUUCAGGAGGUGUAUGACAAUGUGAAGAAUGAUGGUGAAGAUGUGACAAACGUCGUGGUCUACGCUGAUGUGGUGGAGGAGUCUGUAUGA